GCUCGUUUGAGAUAUUUGCAGACUGAACGUGCGCUGUCGCUGCUUUUCGUAAUGUCAGUGGAACUGCAAACGUCCACGGGACGUUCAUCCAGUUUGUUUUCUGUUGGUUGUCUUCAGUGAGUAGUCACUCUUUGAACUGCUACAGCGGAACUCGUCAGAAUAGCCACUGUGAGGACUGCGUGAGUUCACCUGAAAACAUGAGUCUACGAGAAAUUAGUGAGAACGUGAAGCUGGCCCGUGAAUAUGCCUUGCUGGGAAACUACAAUUCAGCCAGUGUUCUCUAUCAUGGAUUGCUCGAACAAAUCAAAAAGUAUGUGUACACCAUGCGGGACAGCAGUUUUCAGCAGAGAUGGCAGCAGUUGUGGCAAGAAAUUAAUGAAGAGAAUCGACAGGUUCAGGAUAUAAUGUCGACUCUGGAGAACUUUCAGUUGGACACGACGCCUGCUAAACCCAGUAACCAUGAUGAUUGUGAAAUAAGGCCUGUACAUGUGGAGCAGAGACAUUCCCCUUGUCCUGUCAGGCGGCCUGCUAACCCCUAUAAAGAUGGCAAACCUCCGAACAACCGCCUGAGUGUGGCUGUGAGGGCCCAGCAGAGGCACUCAUCUCGCGGAGCCAACGGGGACAGAAGCAAACCCUCCAAGGGCAAAGAAAAGAAAGAGGCAAAAGAGGCAAAGGAGGCCUCUGGGAAAACAAAGGAUGAUAAGAACAAAGCAGAAGUCCAGGAGAAGGAAGUGAAAAAAUUUGAUGGGACAGGAUAUGACAAAGACCUUGUGGAGGCCCUGGAGAGAGAUAUUAUAUCUCAGAAUCCAAACGUUAAAUGGGAUGACAUUGCAGACUUGGUAGAUGCAAAAAAACUCCUGAAAGAAGCAGUUGUAUUGCCGAUGUGGAUGCCAGCAUUUUUCAAAGGAAUACGACGACCAUGGAAGGGGGUGCUUAUGGUGGGGCCUCCAGGCACAGGAAAAACACUGUUGGCCAAAGCAGUUGCCACCGAAUGCAGAACCACAUUCUUCAACGUUUCCUCAUCUACUCUCACCUCCAAGUACAGAGGGGAGUCUGAGAAGCUAGUUCGCCUUCUUUUUGAAAUGGCACGUUUCUAUGCUCCCACUACAAUCUUCAUUGAUGAAAUUGACUCCAUGUGCAGCCGCAGAGGGACCUCAGAGGAACAUGAGGCCAGCCGGAGAGUCAAGGCAGAGCUACUGGUGCAGAUGGAUGGUGUAGGUGGAGCAUCAGAAAACGAUGACCCAUCAAAGAUGGUGAUGGUCCUGGCUGCCACCAACUUCCCAUGGGACAUUGAUGAAGCUUUGAGGAGACGACUGGAGAAGAGGAUCUACAUCCCUCUACCUUCAACCAAGGGGCGAGUGGAGCUUCUCAGGAUCAACCUGAAGGAACUGGAGCUGGCCAGUGAUGUGGACUUAGACAAGAUUGCAGAGCAGAUGGAGGGCUACUCAGGAGCGGACAUCACCAACGUGUGCAGGGAUGCCUCUCUGAUGGCCAUGAGGCGAAGGAUUGAGGGCCUCACGCCAGAGGAGAUCCGCAACAUUUCCCGGGAUGAGAUGCACAUGCCCACAACCAUGGAGGACUUUGAGUCGGCUCUGAAGAAAGUGUCCAAAUCUGUGUCUGCAGCUGACCUGGAGAAGUAUGAAAAGUGGAUUGAAGAGUUUGGGUCCUGCUGAAAAAAGGCCAGCAUCCAAGUCAUCUAUGUCUGAAUGUGUAUGUAGUUUGAGGCUUUAUAAUCUGGGUAAAGUGCGCUUUAGCAUGGCUGUGUUUGUCAGGUUGUGUAUUUUUCUCAUUUAGUGUAAUAUGGAAGUAUGGAUGUCAUGAGAACUAAUACUUGGGUACCAAGUCGAUGCCAAACAUCUGAAUACAUGGAUGUACAGUCCUGUAAAUAUUGGAUGUACUGGAGGUGUAAUUUGUCUAGGACUGGCGAGGGCAGCAUAAGAACUACAAGUGUUACAGUCUGAUGUCAAACACAAAGGGAAAAAGGAGGAGGAAGUCAGACACAGCAACAAUAACAACACAUGGAAUGGCAGCUGCUCGAGCAGGUGCAGCAACAAAUCUGCCAAGAAUUGUUGCUUUUCAAAAAAUCAUCAGGGACAGGUUAUAGACAGUGAAAAGCCAGUAUGCAAGCAGUGUCUCAGAGAUUCAUGGUAUUUCAAUGGAAUUAGUACCAACUACCAAAUUUCUGGUAUCAUGACAUCCCUAUAUGAAGAAGGCAAUUGUUUAUUCCAUUAGGUAAAUAAGAGCACUUAAAAUUAGCACCUCUUCCUUUUGUACAUUAUGUUAAUGUUCUAAAAUCUAAAAAGGUGACUGAAGAGUCAUCCUGGAGAACUGAUGGGUAAAUGUAGCUGAUUUUUCUCCCUAACCCAACAUACAGUGGGAGACAAAUCAAAUGUAGGUGUUUAAAAAAACUGACAAAACUGAGGACACAAUGUUUCCAGCACACUGACCAUAGGGUUCAUUUCCAGUCAUGUUUUACUGCUACCUUGCUAAACAUUUGCUUUGUGCCAUAGUGAGAUAUUAAGUCAACUGUUGUUUUUUUUGUAAUGCGCAUUUUAUUUGAAAUUGUGGACCCCUGUGGCUCUGUCACAUAUAUGGAGAUGCAUUUUUUUUAUGAACACAACACUAAUAAAAUAUUUCUAUAAAUAAAGUUAGCAAUGUUUAUGGAUAUUAAAAUUGUCUUACAUUUCAGUCCUCCUCAAUGAUAGUUGUGUUGUCUGUUUACAUGCUAUUUCAAGCCUUGUGAUCAUUUUAUGGCUGUAGUUGGGACAAUAUGGGCUGGGCUUAGUUUAUCAAGUCAGCUGUCCAAAUUAAGUCAACAGAUUGAUAGAACUGUACAAUCAUUCAUGCAUCUAUCGAUUUUUAGACAUUGCUGGUGUGACAUGUAAUUUCAUAUUUUUCCCUCGACUUAUAAUCACUGUUUAAGUCCUAAACUGUAUAUGCAGCAUUCAGACAAGCCUUAACAUUUUCUUUGCAGGAGGUGCUGUUUAAUGUGUUUAGCUUAUGGGUUUAAGAUACCGACCAAACGGCCUGCAACAUCCCUUGUUGCAUGUCAUCCCCAACUGUCUCUCCUCUCAUUUCCUGUCAGUUCUCUGCUGUGUCUUAUCCAAUGAAGGCAAGAAAUACUAUCCCAAAAAUGUUAUGGAACAGAAAAAAAGGCACAUGCUGUUUCUGAAAAUAAAUGAAUCCUUUUAAAUUAUUCGAUUCUCUUCACAGUCAGUCUGCAUUUGGAGAUUCAGGUCUAAGAGCACAAAGAGAUUUGAGUGAUAUGCUCGUACUGGAAAAUUAAUUGACUUGGCUUUAAUUAUAGCUCAAAUUACAAAGUCCAACAAGACCCCAAUAAAUGCUUAUAAAUAUAAACAGUUUUUUAAUGUUAAGGACCCUUCUUAUUGAGGCCUCUGUGCAAUCACCACAUAUUUGAAAAUAAUGCUAUAAGUGCUCACAAUAUGCUCUCAGCCUGCACAACCACAAUAACAGACCCAGAUACACAGUCCAGCAUAAUUCAUACAAUUUAUACACACAAAUGUCUCAAAACAUAUUUUUGUUUUAUUCUUCAGCAACACAUCUGAAUUCAUGCCUGGCAUACUGUUGGCCUUACAGGCUGUUUCAGUGUCAUCUAAAACACUUGGUUGUAUUAAGUGUAAGAAAUUUGGAAUUUGAGAUCACAAUACAGGCUGAGUUGUUUUGAGUUGUCAUGCAGUUUCCUAGUCUUAAUGUAUAAUCUGCUGAUAGAACAGCAAACUGCAUUCACUAGCUAGACUACACAUGCACCUUUUGCUAACGCAGCACAUCAUGCAUCCUGCAUCUUAACUGAACCCUGGGGAGUCUCAGCUGCUCUGAUGUGCACAAGCUGAUGUUUAAGCGUGACAAGUGAGUUCUGAAAUCAACUCAAAAAUCAUGCUAACACUUGCUGAGUUUUGAAUUAAUGAUACCCACAAUACCCUGCCUUGUGCCCUAGUCUGCUUGGUCCCCCCUCACACAGCCUGUUGAAGCACUGGAAAUGAUGAUCAGAAGAUUUAUCAUCUCAGUCAUUCUGCUCCAUAAAUCACGAUGAGACUUGCCACAAAAAAAGAAAAUAAGAAAAAAGGAACAUUCAUGCAGUUUUCACUCCCAAAUUCAAAACUAAGUGCAGACUCCUUUGUUACAAUAAUUUACACUUUGAACGUCUUGUGCAGACACUGCAUUUUACAUUGGUCCAGUCAUAGCAGUAAUUUUUCUCAUACAUUUAGAGUGCAUAGGCAAUCUGAACAACUCGCUCACUUACAUUCUUCAUUAUUUGUAAAAGAAAGCCACACACAAAAUCAACCAAUGCAAAAUAAAUGAUCAUCCCUCCCUUUAGUGACAGAAUUCUCACAACAGUCACCGAGGCACUGUGAAGAAUGACAAUCAACAUAAUGAACCCUUAGGCCUCUUAGGAAGGUGUUCUUUUCAAUAACAUUCAGAUCCAGUUGUAGUGAUGUGGGAGGGACACAUGAUCAAUGAAUGCAGACACAACAUUUAUAAUAACAUAAUGCUUUUUUUUUUUUUUUUUUUUUUUUAA